AUGACGUGUGGCGCAGCUCGAUGCGGAAAGCGAAGCCAAAGUCGCGACGCGUCCACGACGCGACGGCAGGUGAUGGAGGCAGCAACGACAUCAGCAGAAAGAAAAACACACGACGACAGCGAAGUGAAUCGACUUGUUCAAAGCACACACUCGAAGUCGAUUGGGGACAUCAUUCCCGCACAGCGUCUUCACUUCACCAACGCCAAGCCAAAGACCAUGCUGGCCACACGGCGUGCGCAACAAUGCCCCGCUACUUGACCCCUUCACGCAUCGGACUGCUGGUCCUCAUCCGCCUAUACAAAUCGGGGUACAACUUCGGCGCCAAAGAUACCAUCAACAUCCUCGAAUUCAUCGCCAAGCACACUGUAUACACCGCCGAUCAGAGUGCCCAACUCGUCGAUGAGAAGAAGGACUUCUUCGCUUCCGACAUUUCCGUCUUCCAAUUGCAAUUAAAGCAAUGGCAAUCAGCCUCCCUCCCAGGACAGCCCGCCUGGAAUAUAUUUGUGGCUGCCAUCUGGAAUCACUUGGAUGGCCUUGAUUCCUUGGGCCACCUCAUCACCGAACUCAGACAAGGGAGCGUGCCAACAACAAACGCCGUCACAGAUGUCAGCUACCAAAAUCCAGUCACCCCAGCCAGUCCACUAGGCCAGUUCAUUCGCCGCUGCUAUGUCGAAUUCACACGCUUGCAAUUUGGCGACGUUCAAGCUCUGUGGAAGUCGUUUGAAGCAUGGAGAGCUCCAAGCUGGGGCGACUUUGCGAGAUUCUGGCCUGACCAUGCUCAACAAUUGGAUGACUUGAAAUUUGCCAACAACGAGGAAACAAAUGCUGACUUCGCGGCUCGCCUCUCCCACUCCGACACUAGCCCCAGCGCUUCAGCAGCUAUUGACGCUGACCUCCUCCUCACAUAUGCGAUUCGCCAACUACAACAGUUCGGCACCAGAGUUCCCGACGAUGUCAAGGCCAAGCUCACAACAUGGGUCGAUGAGCUGUCUGCAACCAGUGCCAGUACUCAGAGUAUGCACUUCUUCAUGGCCUUCUUCGAACAUAGCAAAGCUGGCCAGUACACCAUGGCAUUGGAGAGUCUGCAUCGCUACUUCGAUUACAGUCUUGCAGCGAGGAGUAGCAGUGGAGCAGGGGACAACGUGAACUUGAGAGUCUACUACCAGUAUGCACUACUUCACCUGAGUGUAUUGCAUGCUGAAUUCGAGUGCUGGGAUGAGAGCGUAGACGCCAUGAAUGAGUGCAUUGCGACAGCACGAGAGAACCAGGACUCCGCGUGUCUGAAUUUCGCCCUCUCAUGGCUGCUAUAUCUUCGUCAUGCCCAUCCUGGCAAAGGUGUAGGAGCAUAUGCUUCUAUCGCGGGCGUUGUCGGAGGAGGCGAGAAUGAUGAGAUUGCCUUUCUCAAAACCAAAGCCCGAGACAGCAAAAACUGGCUGCUAUUGAGUAGCACUCUCCUUGAGGAAGGCCGACUGGAGCUCUCAAAUGGCGGCAACGCCAACAAAGCACAAGAGCAUGCUCUCCAGGCGCUCUACCUCAGUGUUCAACACGAUCUAAGAUCGCUCGCUCCAGCUGCGUCCCUGUUCUACGGCUCGUGUCUCGAUCGCUUAGGUCAAUCGCACCUGGGUAAUCGACAGUACGAGCUCGGCAACACCGUACACCAGCCACACUGUCCAGUGAACGACCGCGUACGCUCGACCUGUCGCUCAGCAUUACUCAAGGCCCACCAUGGUCAUUACUCAGAAGCUCUUGAGCAACUCGCCUCCAUCUCCAGCACAGUCAGGGGAAUUCUGAAGGCCGAAACACGAUUGACAACCUUCUCAGCACUGAUACAUCUUCGGCAGUCGAUUCACCGUGGAACCCACGAACCAUCAUCGUACUACCUCAAUCAACUCCGACCCUUGCUCUCGUCCGCAGAUCCCGAACUCUGCAACGAAUUCUACACUCUCGAAAUCGAAUACCAUGUCUCGCGAAGAGACUAUCCCACUGCAAUGGAGAAGGUGGCUUCCCAUCUGGCCUCCAGUCGCUCUACAUCUGCAUCUGACAAACAACACGACAACUCCAACCUUGCCCAUCGCCUCCAUUAUCUCGUCCAGAAGGCCCGAAUCUUCGCUCUCGCAGGACGAGCGUCCAAAGGGUUUAGUCUUUGCCUUCGAGCCACAGCCACAGCCGAGCGCCACCUCCUUGUGCCCGUGAUGCUAGAAGGGCUCUGUGUGCUGGGUAGGAUUCUCAUCGAGGUCUCGGAGGUUGCUGCCGCAAGGAGACUGUACGAAGCGAGUCUGCCGUUGGCGCUGGAGGGUGGGGAUGCGGCGCUCGUGGCGAGGAUGUGGGUUGCGUUGGGAGAGAGUUGCGUGGGAUCAGCGGGGAGGUGUCAGGAGGGAAGGACGGCAUCGGGCGGCAUGGCGAUGAGUGGAGAGAGGCUUGAGCGGUUGCAUGAUGGAGAUAUCAGUGAAGCAGAGCCUUCCGCUUCGGCAAAGACAGCGAUUAAAAACGAGCAAAAACGAUUGAUGAGGAGGGCGGAGGAGUGUAUCGAACGUGGAAGGGAAGUCUUUGAGGGACUGCAGGCUGUGGAUUCGCAGAUGGAAUGUUUGGUUAUGAAGAUGAGGCUCGCGGAGUGGAGUGGCGAUGAGACGGCACGAACAUUGGCAGAAAAGAUGUUUGACAGCCUAGCUCGGAUGAGAGCGGAGUGGGAUGAGACUGUGAGCCAUUCGUGAGGCAUGGCCUUGCUCUGUUGAUCAGGCGGAACCAUAAAUAUGACUCGGUUCGGCUGGCUGCUAGAGAGUGUACGAAGUCACGGGGAGCAGGAUGAAGGGAC